UCGGUUGACGGGUCAGUGCUUGUGCGUUAAGUGAAAUAUUCGUUACAUGCCAUUUAAGCGUUAGCUAAAGCUAGCAACUUUAGCUUGGCUAACGCGAAAGUCUCGAUUUAUUUGUUUUCUCUCACGUCAGACUGACACUAUAAACUCUCAUUUAUGUCAGACAGACAUACGCUAUCGUGAAUAAUUAGACUGUUACUUGUCUGUGUUUGUCGGGGAAUAGCGGUGCUAGUUUAGUUGAAUUUGACCAUGACUCUCGUUCUUGCUGCUUAUGAAACAUAAAAAAAUCUCAAAAGUAGAAGUACCUGUUUCUAAAAGGUCGACACGCAUAGUUUAGUGGAUGUAAUGACAUGUUUUUAAAUAGUUUUAUAAUUAACAAACGACAGCAGUUUCACUGUGGAUUCAAAUAAGGACCUGGGUCUGUCUGAGUCAUUGCUGCUUCUCAAACAGCUGCUGUGUCCGCGAUAAGCUGACGGGGUCCUUCUUUCUGUCACUUGUCUCGUCUCUUGCAGCCAUGAACAGGAAACGGGCUCUAAUUUUAGACACUUUCACGGUGAAGAAAAGAAAAAAUGUUACAGAGGCGUUUGGAGCUGUGGGAGAUGGCGAUGGACCAACUGACAUCAGAUCCACUCUGGAGUAUCUCAUGAGUCUGUUUCCCAGAAAGCUCUUCAAUGACACCUUGCCACAGAUUGUCAUUAAACACCAGCUGUACAGCAUGCACAAUGACAAGACGCUGGUGGAUAAAGAGGUGAACAAACUGAGGGAACAAGGCGACCUGCUGAUGUUUCAGCUCGGCUUUGAUGCGGAAGCUUUUGGGCUGGUCUUCACCUCCGACUACAAGGCCAAAGUGCUGGCGGGAGAGGAGGGCAAAGCGACGAGAGCAACAGUGGAGAGGUUUCUGGAGAAAGUGCUGCCGUCGUGCACAGACCUGAGCUUCAGCAAAGACAAGAUGCUCAAGGAGUUCUUAUUUACAGACUCUGAGAUAACGCAGCUAGUGAAGUCAGGGGUCUUGACUGUGCGGGACGCAGGCAGCUGGUGGCUGUCCAUUCCCAAUUCCGGCAAAUUCACCAAGUACUUUAUUCAAGGUCGCAAAGCAGUGCUCAGCAUGGUGAAGAAGUCUAAAUAUGGGGAAGUCUUAAAGGCAGAGCUGGAGGGGCGGCGAACAACUUCCCAUGUUAAAUUCCACAUUAAAUACCACGUCCAUGAUGUUGUUGGUGCAGAGCUGGUACAAAGUAUACCUACAACUUCCGGAACAUUGUUGCGAUUUGUGGAUUCCUAAACUGCUGCAUAACAAGUGGCCCUGGUGUGAAACCAGCAAGUAACUGAAGAUGGAAAGAGGACAAAUUAAUGUAUAAAGACGGAAAUGUUUGUAUGAGUUAAUAGGAUUUCAUAUUCACAUUUGUGCUACAUGUAUUAUGAAACCUUGUGGGUUUAUGCAUUGUCAAUUGUGUUGACAUAAUGUUGUAAUAAAAAAACAAAUGUCUAUUCA